CUCUCCCUGGUUUUCCGCAGACAUAAAAAUGGCAUACGCUCAGCAGCAAUCUCAACAGGAUCCAGCUCGUUUGGCCACAGCUCUCGCAGAUCUGGUGGUAAUAGGUGGCCUCAAGGGCUUCAAAUAUUUUGACACCUGCUUAAGAGGAAGAGAAGAGUUAAUUCUACAAGUUGAAACAUCAUCCUCACAGAAAUGCCUUCCGUUCUCAAAUUCGGUCGAUAUUGCCUUAUCAAAGCGACAGACUUCUUCACGUCGGGUCCAUAAAGGAAACGCAAUAUCAGUACAGAGUCCAUCAGAUCAGGAUUUGGAGAAUGAUUCGCAACAUAUCUCUGUUCUCUUGGCCGUCUAUGCGCGCUAUGGCCGACCAUAUGUUUGGCUACGUUCAAAACAUGGGCAGCGUUUUCGAGGUGUUGACCAUGCGCCAGAGGACGAUAGCAUGCCAAUUCAAUUAGAAACCACCGCACAAUGGUUUGAAAAAAAUCUCGCGCUACCCGAUAUCAUCGAACAAGUCGUCUCCAUGAGCGUAGAACCCCCGCCAGCAAAUCCGUUUGCAGUAGAUACUCGCUCGAUUAGUAAUCUCCCACCAGAAGAAACAAUCAUCAGGGCCGGAGCGCUCAUCAGCUUCUUACAAAAGAUAUAUCAUCGAGAUCCCAGUUACGCUACUGAAGUGCUCUCUGAUAUUUCUACUCUCCAAAGAAUAAUGUAUACGGAUAUGCACGAAUUGUUAAAAUAGAAAGGUCUUACAUCUCAUUGUGACAUGGAACUUGAGUUUUUUCAAGGAGGAUAUCGAUGUAUAUAUACCCUG